AAAUCUGCAAUGCUACCAACAGCGAACCCAGCAGCUGCUCAGCAUUCGAGUCUACACCCAGCUUUCUAUAUUAUAAUAUGGAUUACAUUAAGUUCCGGGGUUAUUGUAUUCAAUAAGUGGAUUCUUCACACUGCUGGAUUUGCAUACCCUUUGUUCUUAACUACCUGGCAUCUAAUCUUUGCUACUGUCAUGACCCAGCUUAUGGCGAGAUACACCAAGAUGCUGGACUCCCGUCAUAAUGUGCCUAUGACAAGAGCAGUCUAUUUCCAAGCGAUUGUUCCGAUUGGUGUUUUUUUCAGCCUGAGCCUCAUUUGCGGUAAUCUCGCUUAUCUGCAUCUUAGUGUGUCCUUUGUUCAAAUGCUUAAGGCAACCAACUCCGUUGCUACCCUACUUGCCACUUGGGUCCUUGGUGUCGCACCAGUCCGUAUUGAUGUGCUAGCGAAAGUCUCUAUAAUCGUCAUUGGAGUGAUUGUUGCUUCUAUUGGGGAAAUCAAUUUUAGCCUCAUAGGCUUUAUUUAUCAGUUUAGUGCUACAAUAUUUGAGUCUGUUCGCCUUGUUAUGGUUCAAAGACUCCUAAGCUCUGCCGACUUCAAAAUGGACCCGCUGGUAUCGCUCUAUUAUUUUGCUCCGGCAUGCAUGGUUAUGAAUACCGUGGCGACACUGUUUUUUGAGGUACCUAGAAUGAGCGUGGAAGAUCUCCGCAGUAUCGGCUUGAGCACUUUAUUGGCCAACGCGUCUGUUGCAUUUGCUUUGAAUGUGGCCGUAGUCUUCUUGGUUAGCAAAACCUCUGCACUUGUGAUGACUCUUUCUGGAGUUCUCAAAGAUAUCAUUCUUGUUAUUGCAUCUCUCGUCAUUUUUCACGAUCCUGUUACAAUGACCCAGGUUGUUGGAUACACGGUCGCACUCCUAGGCUUGCUCUAUUACAAGCUUGGUGAUAAAGUGUUUGCUGAUGUUGCGAUAAAAGUCCGUCAACACAUUCCGAAAUCUAGUACUAGGCGAUGGACUUUGCCAGCAACGUUGCUGGUGAUUGUGCUUAUAUUUCUGUUGUGGUAUUCAGGAACGGCAUCAACGUAUUUUGAAGAGUUGAAUGUUGGUCACUAAAUUAAGUAGACUUUAGCGGAACCUGGUGGUUAUAGUGCAAAUUCCUAUGAGAGGGCCGUCCCUCAUACGGACAGAAUCAAAUCAAAGGUGUAAUUCUAUGGCAUUGGGACCUUUGUGUUGUUAUAUGAUAGAUUGAAAACUUUCCCACAAUUUCUUAGCUUUCAUGCUUCGAAAUCAAUCAAUAUUUGCG